AUGGAGAGGCGGCACCGACUUCGGCCCGUCCACAAGCUGAUUAGCAAGGUGGCCAGGCUAGUUACAGUCGCUUCUCCCAAGCGACGCCCCAGCUUUUGCCACGAGGCAUCGAGCUCGACGACAAAGUCCGACUUCGAUUGCUCCGUCUUCGCCAUGGCUGACGACGAAGACUUGGCCUCUCUGCCGUGGCCCGAUCGCUUCACCCACAAGCUUUGGAAAGUCAGAAAGGAGGCCUAUGAGGCUGCGGCCAAGCAGUUUUCCGAAUCUCCCGACGAGUCCGACCCAUGCUUUCGCCCCUUCCUCAACGAACCUCACCUAUGGAAGUCUGCCGUGACCGACUCCAAUGUUGCCGCUCAGCAAGAGGCUGUUGUCGCCCUUUGCGCCUUUCUCAAGUUUGGCGGACAAGACUGCGCCCUGCGCACCCGCGCCCUGACCAUAACGCCCAUGGUGGAGAAGUGCCUGUCGUCCGCAAGGGCUGCCAUCAAGCAAAAUGCGCUCGAGGCCAUCCUACUGUACAUCGAGCUUGACGUGGCCGCUCCUGUUGUCGAGGACGUCAUGCCCGGCCUUUCCAACAAGGUGCCCAAGAACGUUGCCGCCACCCUGAAUGCACUGGCCGCCAUCGUCCGCAGCUUCGGCUGCAAGGUGGUGGAUCCCAAGCCCGUCCUCAAGGUGCUGCCCAAAGUCUUUGGUGCCGCCGACAAGAACGUGCGCGCCGAGGCGACAAGCCUCACCGUUGAGCUGUACCGCUGGCUCCGCGAAGCCAUGAAGCCCAUGUUCUGGGGAGACCUCAAACCGACUCAGCAGUCCGACUUGGAAGCCCAGUUCGAAAAGAUCAAGGCUGAGCCCCCGCCAAAGCAGGAAAGGCUGCUGCGCUCCCAGCAGGCUGCCUCAGAAGCCGCUCCCGCCGCAGGCGCCGACGAUGUCGAGGCACCCGAGGACGAGCAGGACAAUGGCGCAGAGGUCGACGCCUUCUCCCUCGCCGAACCCCAAGACAUUUCCAAGAAGAUCCCCCCCAACUUCAGCGACAUGCUGGCGUCUUCGAAAUGGAAAGACCGCAAGGAGGCUGUCGAGGCGCUCGCGCAGGCCAUCAACGUGCCUCGCAUCAAAGACAGCGACUUCCAUGAGGUCAACAGGGGCCUGGCCAAGUGUAUGAAGGACGCAAACGUUGCCGUCGUCACCCAGGCUGCCCAGUGCAUCGAGCUGCUGGCCAGGGGCCUGCGUGAAGCAUUUGGCAAGUACCGAGCCGUCGUCAUGCAGCCGAUCAUGGAUCGGCUGAAGGAGAAGAAGGCAUCCGUCGCCGAUGCUCUUGGCGCAGCCCUCGAUGCCGUCUUUGAGGCCACCAGCCUGACCGACUGUCUUGAAGACAUCAUCGCCUACCUAGGCAACAAGAAUCCUCAGGUCAAAGAGGGUACCAUGAAGUUUCUCAUUCGCUGUCUACAAACGACGCGCGAUGUCCCCAGCAAACCCGAAAUAGCGUCCAUCUGCGAGUCUGGCAAGAAGCUGCUGUCGGAAUCGAGCCCUGCCCUGCGAGAUGGCGGCGCCGAGAUUCUUGGGACCGUUAUGAAGAUCAUCGGCGAGCGAGCCAUGACGCCAUACCUGGAUGGCCUCGACGACAUUCGGAAGAACAAGGUCAAGGAGUACUUUGAGACGGCUGAGGUCAAGGCCAAGGAGAAGCCCAAGCCCGCACCAGCUCCGAAGGCUCCGCCGCCUUCGGCAAAGAAACUCCUCGGUGCCAAAAAGCCAGCCGUCAAGAAGGCUGCACCACUCGCUUCGGCAGCCGAAUCGAGUCCCCUUGCCCCGCAACCAACGCCCAGAGCAACCGCGGCGGGAAGCAAAUUAGGCAUGCCCAAAUCCUCUGGGCUUGCCGGCCUCAAGGCUCCACAGAAGAGAACCCUCGGUGCUCCUGGCACGGCCUCCCCUCGCCGGGCCGCGGCUGGCCCCCCCGUUAUGCCGGCCGAUGACGAGCCUGCACCGCCUUCCGUUCAGCCCCGCGCUGGUCUGCCAAGGGGUCUCACCGGCCGUUCGUUGGCGAAACCGGCGCCGCCGCCCACUCAGCCCCUGCCGGAGACUCCCGUCGCGUCGAGCGGCUUCACUGCCAUUGAGAGAGCCGAGCUGGAAGAGCUCCGGGCCUCGAACGAGCGGCUCAAUCGCCAAUUGGACGACGUGCGCCAGGAGCGAAGCAAGUUCAUGUCUGAGAUCCAAGAACUGAAGAACCAGAACGCCGGCCUGAUUGAAGAUCACACACGUGAUGUCUUGAGCAUCAAGGCGAAGGAGACGCAGCUUGUUCGUGCGCGCAGUGACGCAGAGGCGACAGAGCAGGUCAAUGAGAGGCUGAGGCGGGAGCUGGAGCGCUUGAAGAGAGCGCUGAGCCGCGCCGAAGGACUCGGUGUCUCGUCAGGCAUGGCAAGUCCAGUCAUCAUGUCGCCUACCCACGACGACGCUGGCAUCUACAGGGAUCCCGGAUCCGCGUCGGCCAACCGUAACCGCGUCAGCUUCACGAGCACGUUUUCUGAGGAGAAGGAAAAUGGAGAAGCGGUUUAUCCGAGAAACAAACUGAGCCCAGAUGUGCGGUUUACCGGGAGCGCUGCGUCGUCGGGGCGGGGGUCCCCUGCCAGGGGUUUCCGGAGCGCCCCGUUCCCGCAAGAAGACGGCGACUCGGGCACCGGCAUGACGAGAGAGCGUCCUACCUCGUCCCUUCCGCAGCCCUCUGGCAGCGGUGGUGUAGAGAGCUGGAAGAGAGCCGCCGAAGUGACAAGUCAGUUGAAGGCUCGAAUCGAGCAGAUGAAGGCAAAGCAGGGUUUCGCUCGACCAUGA